GUAUUUAUUACAACAAGUUAAGAUUAAACAUUGCAUAUAUGAAUCACUGAUUGAUCAAUUAGUUGAUCAUAUAGCUUCAAUUGUCAUCGAUAAAGAUUGAAUUCUCAUUUCUUCUCAACUCAACCCUAAUUCCCCUCACUUUCCUCUAUCAUCAUCAUCUUUUUUCUUAGGCAAAGCUGCGGUGAACUGUAACAAUGAAGGGUCCCGAAGCAAAGGUUGCUAGGAUGGAAGACAUUCUAAACCUUCCUGUACAAGAUCCUACUAGUGAAGAGUUUUCAGCAGCUGAUUUAGAUUGGGUUAAAGUAGAUGGAGGUCGACAGGGAGUGGAUGAUAUUGCUCUGAUUCCAUACGCUAGAGUUGCAGAUUUUGUAAAAGGAGAAUCUGUUAAUGCAGAGUGUCCAGCUAGUUUUCGGGUUGAAUCCAAGAGGAAAAGAUCUAAAGGGAGCAUUAGCAAACCCAGAGUUGAUUGUUGCCUUGAAUAUACACUCUAUUGGUGUUCUUAUGGGCCAGAAGACUACCGCAAUAGCGAAUCUGGAAUUGCUGAUGUUACAAACAUCAAGCCUCCAUCUGGCAAAGGGAGUCGUCCAGGGAGGCGUCACAUGUUGAGAGGAUGCAUGUGCCAUUUUACAGUUAAACAAUUGUAUAAUCGUCCGCUCAUUGCCUUAAUCAUCUUCAACCAGAGAGAUCAUGUAGAUAAAACCGGGGCUCCAUGCCAUGGUUUAUUGGACCAGGAUGCUGUGGGAACUAGAGCUAUGUAUGCUCCUCGGAUUUCAGAGGAAUUGCGCAUGAAAGUGAUGUCUAUGCUUUAUGUUGGAAUGUCUUUGGACAAUAUUAUGCAACACCAUAUGGAGGAGGUGCAGAAACAUGGUGGUCCUAUUAACAGAGAUGAUUUCCUAACUAGAAAUGAUGUUCGCAACAUGGAAAGGCUUACUCAAGGUGCAUCUCAUGAACUGGAUGUGAAUGAUGAAUCCAGCAUUAAGAUGUGGGUGCAACGGAACCAAAAGAAUGUGUUUGUUUUUCAAGAGGAGUCUGAAUCAGAACCAUUUAUUCUUGGGAUCCAAUCUGAUUGGCAGUUGCAGCAGAUGAUACGCUAUGGACGUAAUAAUGUCAUAGCUUCUCACUCUGGUUUUGGCUUGAAACAACAACUUAAGUAUCCUAUAUGUUCUUUGCUUACAUUUGACUCAACAAGAAAUCCAAUUCCUGUUGCGUGGAUUGUUGCUCCCCAUCAUGCACUUCAUUGUGUGCAGAAAUGGAUGGUGCCACUUGUUGAGAGAAUCCGGGCAAAGGAUUCUAGAUGGAGACCUAAUGCAUUUUUUGUAGACGAUCCUUCUUUUGAUGUAUCCAUUGUUCGGGAUUCUUUCCAAUGCUGUGUUCUAAUUUGCCUUUGGCAUGUCCGACGUGCAUGUUUAAAACACAUAUUGAAGAGCUGCUCUAACGUUGAUCUACAAAGGGAGAUGUUUAAACAUUUGGGCCAAGUUUUGUAUUGCACUAGAAAUGGGGAAAACUCAUUUGAUUCAGUUGAAGAGUUCGUCCAUGUAUUUGUUGAUCAGUCUGCAUUCAUGGAUUAUUUUCGAACCAAGUGGUUAAAUAGGAUAGAACUAUGGAUGAAUAGCAUUAGGGUUUUUCCUGUAGCAAGUCAAGAUUUCUAUGCUGCAAUAGAGGCUUAUCAUCAAAAACUAAAAUUCAAAAUCUCCAGCCAUCGGCAGAGAAUUGAUUGGUUGAUUCACAUUAUGACAACAGAAAUUCAUUCACUGUACUGGCUUGAUCAGUACAAAAUGGAGACAGAAAAUCCAGGCAAUUCAUCCCUUUCCCUUUCCACCAACUCUUGGUAUCAGGCUGUGCAAAUUCCAGAUACUGAUGUGCUUUUAGAAAAUGACACAAAUGCCCAUUUUGCUAAAGUGGUUUCUCAGACAAACAAGGAUGUGACUUAUAAUAUUUUGAACCCAGGUUCAGAAUUCUCACUUUGUGACUGUGACUGGGCUCGGCUGGGGAAUGUCUGUAAACACUUAAUCAAGGUGGCAAUCAUUUGUAAAGACCAUCAAACUGCUAAUAGGCCAGAGGUCAUGUUGGCUCAGGUUUAUAGACGUGUCUUACUUGAACUUCUGCAGAAUGUUCCUGAUGAUCCUCUAGUCCUCGAUCAUGCAAUCCUGAAUGCAACACGAUUGCAAAGGGAGAUAAGAGGUUUAGAGGACCUGUCUAACAAUGGACUGCAUCAGGGUGAUGGAGUAAUUCCAGAAUUUAGGGUUUGAAUAAACCUUCUGGUCUAGUCUAAAAGGUGAAAUGAUCAUAUAUGGUAUUAUCCCAUGCACAUUUGUAUCUGAAAAUGCUGCAAUUAUUUCUUGCAUGUAUAACAAGUCCUGUAAAUGAUACCCAAUCUAUACAAGUAAAUAACAUAUAGGUCAGUUCAUCGCUAC